AUGGAGAAAAUCGAGCACCGCGCUGUCAUAAAGUUCCUUACCAAGCAAGGUAAAUCGGUUCAAACCAUACUAGAAGAGAUGUCAUCCGUUUACGGGGAGUCUUGCCCCGGUAAAACCAUGGUUUAUAAGUGGCAUACCCUGUUUAAGCAAGGCAGGGCCUCACUUGAAGAUGAUCCUCGGCCAGGACGGCCGAUCGAGGUGACCACUCCGGAAAUAAUUCAAAAAGUGGAAAAAUUAAUACUGGAAGAUGCUAGACUAAAGAAGAAACAGCUCGCAGAAAUGGUUGGAGUAUCCGAUACAACCAUAUUUAAAAUUCUUCACGAUCAUCUCGGCAUGACCAAAGUCAGUGCAAGGUGGGAGCCGAGAAUGCUCACGCCGCCUCAAAAACAACAGCGCGUAGAGUGUUCUCGCGCGUUUUUGGACCUCUGUAAUGAAGACCAGGAUGGAGUAUUGACUCGAAUUGUUACUGGGGAUGAAACUUGGGUUCAUCAUUAUGAACCUGAGUCUAAACAAGAUUCUAUGCAGUGGCACAAAAAAGGUACACCACCACCAAAGAAAUUUAAGGUGUCACAGUCGGCGGGAAAAAUCAUGGCGACAAUCUUUUGGGACUCAGAAGGAUUCUUGUUGAUAGAUUAUAAAGAUAAAGGUGUCUCCAUAACCGGAGAAUACUACGCUUCAAUCUUAGAGCGAUUAAAGGAAGCAAUCAAGGCAAAAAGAAGGGGAAAAUUAACCAAAGGUGUCCUCCUUCUGCACGACAACGCGCCUGUGCACAAGAGCCGUGUUGCGUUGGCUUCCCUGUAUAAGAUGGGCUUCGAUAUUUUGGUUCAUCCACCCUACAGUCCUGACCUGGCUCCCAGUGAUAAUUAUCUCUUUCCAAAAAUGAAAAAAGAACUUCGGGGGAAGAAGUUCUCAAGCGAUGAAGAAGUGAAGGAAGCAGUUUCAGCUUAUUUUUCAGACAAAGAAAAAACAUUUUUUUUCGAGGGUAUACAUAAGCUAAUUGAAAGAUCUGAAAAAUGUAUUAGGGUUGCAGGAGGAUAA